AGGCUAUAAAUUGAAACAGAAUGCCUGAAAGCGAUAUUUUGGAUAUAAGUUCGAGGUUUGAAACAGAUUCUAAAAUUACGAAAAUUGAAUAUCAUUCAUAUACACCUUAUACGACUUCAUUUAAUAAUAAUGAUGAAAUACGAAUAUCAAUCCAGCAAACAGAUGUUUAUCCGUAUUUACAUGAGAGUUUUAUUUUUUUAGAAGGUAAAAUAUCAGAAGCUAGUGAAGUAAAACUUGCUAAUAACGGUUUUUCAUAUCUCUUUGAACAAAUACGACUUGAAAUCAAUGGAAUAGAAGUAGAUAGUACUCGAGUACUAGGUAUAACCAGCUCGUUGAAAGGUCAUCUAUCAUGUACACCAGAUAACUAUAACUGUUAUGAAAAUGCAGGUUGGAUUUUUAAAAAUAAUACAAACCCCGCAAACGCAAAUGGUGAAUUUAGUGCUUGCAUUCCACUGAAAUUUUGGUUAGGUUUGUUCAAAGACUUUAAAAAAAUAUUAGUUAAUUCUAGAUUAGAACUAAUAUUAACUCGAAGUCAUAGUGAUCUGAAUGUUUUAACAAGAGUUGAACAUGAAGAUGGAAGUAUUACUAAUUCAGGAAAAGUCGUUUUGAAUAAAAUAGUUUGGAAGGUACCACAUAUCACUGUUGAUGAUGAAAAAAGAUUGAAAUUAUUAUAA